AUGGUUGAGCGUGUGAAUCGCACCAUCAAAGAGAACAUAUCGAAACAGAUCAUGCAGCAUAAUAACAGGUGGACUGAGGCGUUGCCCACAGUUCUGACAGUCUUGCGAGCAACCCCGUCCAAAGCCACGGGCAUCAGCCCGUUCGAGCUGAUGACUGGACGAGUCAUGAAGCUCCCCAUAGACCCAGAAAUCACCCCAGCAGACCUAGGGCCCCUUGUGCUCGCAUCUCAGCAGACUGUGUUGAAACAAUUACAAGAAAGGCUGAAAGUGUUACAUACACAAGCCACCUUAAAACAGCAACAGUCAGACCUGAUUAAUGAUGCACAGUUCAAUCCAACCUCUGAAAUUAAAUUUGCUGAAGGUGACAUGAUAAUGGACCACCAUAGCGAUUCCAUGGAGACCGGACACAAGACAGGUGUCCGGGCCCACCUGCAUCAAGCUGGGCCAAAGGGUAUCGCUCAUGCACACAUUGAAAUGUGGGAGAUGGGUGUGGAAAUACUCAAAGGGGCCUCUCACACCUCAAAUUACCAUUACACCAAGAGAAAUAGUUACAUGGCCUCCCGGCGUAACGCCGGAAUCAAAUUGUGCACCACAAAUCUGUUGCAAAUUAGGUUCCACCCAUCUCCCGACCAUGAACAUCUCAACACACACUCCAGCGUGGCCAUCCUAACACAACAUCACUGCCUGACACGAAUCGAUGAUUUAAUCUCUGAUUACAAAGGCGCUGCAAGACAAGAAAUUUUAGAUCUACGUCUGUGCAAGACACCUAGGCAUGUUCUAAAUGAUCUUAUGGAAAUUUUGGACCUGCGCAGGUGGCUUGCAUCAGAAAAAAUGAAAGGCAUUAAUUAUUCUAAAUUAUUAUCCACUGUAAUGAUGUACACUGGUGCUGAAUGUUCUGGUUGCCUUGGAUUCCUUGCCACCUUUCCUUUAAUCCAUCCAGAUCAAGUUUUUCCAAAUUCCACUACUAUACGCCCUAUUGGCGUGGUAGUGAAAGAUCAGAUAGUCAAAUGGGAUCACCUUACUGGUUACAUGACGGUGAGGGGCACUGAGACCUUGUUUACCAGUCGCACAUGUUGUCACGAAACGCAUAACUAUGUUAUUUGCACAUGUAACACAUUACAACCUUUUUCUUCCAAUGACACUAAGCUUAUAAACGUUCAGUCAUUACAUGGGCAUUCUGAUGCAAUCCAGGUUUCCCAUACUCAGUGGUGUGUUGUCAGUGAGAUGAGUUCCUUCUCGUAUGGAGGACUGACCUGUCCGGCCAAUCACUCCUUUUGCCUGGAGGUAACAGAGGACUUUUCUAUGGGUCAGAUCAACAUCCUAGGGAGGAUACCCCUGGACACUAAAGUUUCCCCAUGGUGGGAUGACACAUUCUACGAACACAGCACGCAAGCUGUGGCAGACACAAUGGACUUGGCACAAAGAAUGAUCCUGCAGACGGAAUAUCACCUCAACCAGGCACAGAUAGAAAAAAAUCUGGCCAAAAGGACUGCACAGAUCCUCUCCAGUUCCUCUACACGCUCAGCACUGUAUGCUUACACAUGGUGGGACUGGGUAUUCCGAGGAUGUGCAAUUGGCAGCGCCUUCAUUUUCACCUUCACACUGCUCCAGUGUUGCUAUUUCAGAUACCUCAUCGGAUCCUUACGAACAUCAACCAAUGCGGCAUUGGCCCUCAGCCCACUGCAUCUGCACACACUUCAACAACUAAGAUAA